AAACUAAAUGAAAGGCACAACUUGUUAAAGCUUUGUAAAAUGAAGAUUAUCUUGAUUUUACUUUCAACAAUAAUUUUCCUGGUUAAGGAGAAUCAAUCCAUAGCGAAUUUUAAGAACGAGUUUUGUGAAUCCGUUCUAAAGCCAUUACAAUGCAAUCCAACAUUAAAAUAUCGACCAAUUAAUGGCAGAUGUAAUAACUUACAAAAUCCAUAUCUUGGAGCUGCAAACACAAAAUUUGGUCGACUUAUGAAAGCUCGAUAUUCAGAUGGCAUUUCAGCACCUCCUAAAUCAGUAACUGGAGGUGAACUUCCUAGUGCUAGAUUAAUAUCACUUGAAGUCUUCAAUGAUACAAACAUUCUGAAUUUAAAAUUUACUCAAGCUUUUAUGCAGUUUGCACAAAUGAUUGCUCAUGAUAUUUCAAAUAUUUUAAGUGCUCCAACACAACGUGGAUGCUGCAAAGAUGAUGGAAAACUUGUUCCUAAACCAGACCAAAAUUGCUUACACAUUUCAGUUCCACCAGUAGACGAAAAUCAUUCAGGAAUGAAAUGCUUAGACUUUGUGAGAUCCUUAACAAAUAAUGACAUGAAAUGUCCAAAUUAUCCAAAAGGUCCUGCAGAGCAAAUAAAUGAAGCAACAGCUAGUUUGGAUUUAUCUCAUGUUUAUGGAACAAGCAAAGAAGUUCUGAAUAAGCAACGUUUAUUCCAAAAUGGUAUGUUGGCAAUGGAAAAACGUUUUAAUUCGACCUGGCCAAUUCAUGAUCCAAAUACUAAGAGUACAUGCUUCACUGAAAACUCUAAAGAGACUUGUUAUAUCAGUGGUGACUCAAGGAUUAAUCAAAAUCCAACAUUGUCAGUUAUGCAAAUUUUAUUUGUCCGAGAACACAAUCGAAUCGCUUUAGAGCUACAAAAAUUGAAUCCACAUUGGUCAGAUGAGAUUUUAUUUCAGGAAGCAAGGCGCAUUAAUAUUGCUGAAUUUCAGUAUAUUGCUUACUAUGGAUGGUUCUUUUCAAUCGUGGGUGUUAAAAAUUUGGAAUCACUUGGAUAUUACUUUCAGCCAUCCGGCAGUGAAUAUGCUAAUGACUAUAAUGCAACUUUAGAUUUUAGUAUAUUUAAUGAAUUCCCUUCCGGAGUGUUUAGGUUGCUUCAUACAACAAUUGACGGACAUUUGAGCAAAGUAUCAGAGUCUCGUACGCUUGAAGAAAUAGUAAGGCUUUCUGAUUUUUACCAUCGACCGAAAGCAAUCGAGGGUUAUGGAAACUUUGACAGCUUCCUACGAGGAAUGGUGGCACAGCCAGCUCAAUAUUUUGAUGGAAACUAUGACGAAGAAGUUCGAUCAUAUCUAUUUAGAAUGCAAAAAGAAUUUGGAAGUGAUUUGAAGGCAUUGGAUAUCCAAAGAGGUCGUGAUCAUGGACUUCCAAAUUAUAACGAAUUAAGGAGUUACUGUGGGCUUCCAAGAGCUACAAAAUGGGAAGAUUUUGCUGAUCAUAUUCCUUUAUCUGAUAUUGAUAAUUUGAAGAAAGUUUAUGCUGAUGUUGAUGAUGUUGAAUUUAACGUUGGAUCAUCACUUGAACUACCACAUUCACCAAACACAAUGAUUGGAAUCACUUAUGCCUGCAUUCUUAAAAUUCAAGUUCGAGCUUUUAGAUCCGGCGAUCGUUUUUGGUUUGAAAAUAAUGAUCCAGCAGCUAGAUUCACUCCAAAUCAGCUAGCAGAGAUCAGAAAAGCUAGUUUUUCAAGAAUUAUUUGUGACAAUACAGAAAGUAUCUUUAGUCUUCCUCAGAACACAUUCUUGAUACCAAAUGAAGUUAAUAAUACUUAUGUGAAGUGUUCGGAUGUUCCUAGAGUUGAUUUAUCAUUCUUUAAGGAAUAAAUAUGAUUAAAAGUAAAUCAGAUUUUGCUAUAAAAGUGACUAAAA